AUGUAUGCUAAUCGAGAUAUUCUGGACCUAGCAGAUGAAGAUUUCCCGCCGCUAGGCCCUCCAACCAAACCUCUUGACAAACGCCCUCUAGAAACAUUCCGAAUUACGUCAGGAUCCCGUGCAUCUCACGAUUCCAACGAUUCACCUUAUAGGUCUAGAACUCCUGUACUGCCACCGGGUCUUCCCUUACCACAUGGACAUCCUGCGGCAUCUUUCGUCCAAGAUCUCAGUCCAUCCACCUCUGCAGUUUCAAGUCCUCAACCGGGACACAUUACUUUACGAAGUGGAUUUUCGACGCCUGUACAAAAGUUCAAAGAAUUACAUAUUUCAGCACACCACACAUCAGACGUGCAAGCAUCGUCGUCUGUGCCUUCUGUACCUGCACGGACGCGCGCGGCAAUAGAAAUAUCUUCUGGUUCCCCAAAGCCUAAAACCGCAACCGCUGUUGGGCAACAGAAUGACAACCUAAUUGUGAAAAAGGAUAAGGAUCGAGAACUUAGUCCUGAAAAGGUAGCGGCACCUAUCACAAAAGAAGGCAAACAGCCUCGUGAGCCUCACAGCAAGCCGAUACCCAUUAAGCUUAAUCUUUCGAUGCCAACGCCCGGGCAUGCCUCUCCGUCCCGAACCACUACGCCGAAUCAUAAUGUCUCUUCCAUACAUCAAUUAUCAAAUAUUUCCUCCCACCCUAACACCCCGUUGACUAGUGUCUCACGCACAUCUAACUCUCCCGUCCCUCGACAAACUAGAGUAUUGCGUGUUGUUGACACCUCGAAAUCAGAGACACCUACCUCGUCAGUAGCGCCAAACAAUUCCACUCCGCCUUCCAAACACCUCUCACGGCAGCCUAGUCUUUCAACCAACAGUCGCCCAGAUACCCCUAACAAUGUCGACUCUGAGUAUGACUUCCAUACCUCUGCAUCUGUGUCUAGGGCAAGUUCACCACCACCAAGUCGUGUUGGCUCAGCGCCUGUCCGUUCAAUCACAAAAAGUCAAUUGAAAAAGGAGCGAAAGCUCAAGGCUAAGCAAGCUGAGGUCAAAAAGGAGGAAACCCAUCCCACUCCAGUAGUUGCUGAAGAGCCCGUUCAGGCUCCUAUCAUCGGCAGGAAGCGGAAGACAAAGAAAGCACCGGCACCAGCUAAGGAACAACAGGCUGCUUCUGCUUCUAAACCUGAAGUUACAGAUAAUGCUCCACACGUUGCUAAAUCCAAAAACAAGAGCCAGAAUCACUCAGAAUCAUCAACACAAACCAAAGGAUCAGACAACGCUUCCAGAGAAUCUGUUCCUAAAGAACACGCGCAACGAAGUCAAACCACUGAAAAAUCUGAAAAAUCUGAACCAUGGAGGUCGAACAAUACGGCUGGGCAACUUUUGGCUGAUUCUGAAGCUACUGGUAUACCAGUGAAGGAUCUUUUCUUGGAGCGAACUUCUCCCCUUCCAGUUCUACUUGCGCAGUUGCAUCAAUCUGGUGAUCUUGAUCUAACUACUCACCCACUUUUCAAUCCACCAAACCUCAAUCAGCGCUCAGAUUUGAAAUGCUCGGCGGAUGAUUACGAUAUUUUGAAAAAUCCUAUUGAACUGGCGGAAGAACAUAGAACAAAGUUACUCCAGGGUGAACCGGUUCACAUUAAUGCAGACACUGACCUCCUCAAGUGUCGCUGCCUCAUAACGCCAGCUGGCUGCGUCCUCCGCCACCUAUCCGAAGAGGAGGAAUUCCGUUACCUCGAACUCGAAAAGAGUCUUGCAGCCGCAUGGCAGUCUCUACAGGAAUAUCCGGCGUUAACUGCCACGGAGCCUGAUGCCACGAACCGCGGUGGUGGGCUAGAUGCUCUUUUUGCGACGCCUGAAAAUUUCAACAUCCGUUGGAUUGAUGGUGCGCCAGAAAAUGGUCUCCUCUCCGGCUCUGUGAAACCCUCCUCCAUGCCCUCACCGCCACCUGUCAGCGCCAGUGGCUUCUCUACCGAAUCUUCAUCUUCAGAAGCUGCUGAUGCUGCUCAUGGUUCUGCUUCCACAGGCACCACGGCUACAGCCGCCUGCUCUCACCGAUCAUCCACCGCGCGAAAAUCGACAACGAGCGGAAGCCACCUUGGCGUUAGUCUCGAGGACCUCAUGAGCAUGUCUGAUGAGGAAUUACAAGCAAUGAUUGAGGAGGCACAGCGCGAGCUGGAGAGUUCGCGGAAAGAGGUGGAUAUGGUUGACAAGAAAGUUAUGACGCUUGUGAAGCGGAAUAAGAAGCUGGUGCAGCAAGCGCUUUCUGCUGCGAUGGAGUUUGUGGGGUCUACUUCAGAUAUGGGGUUGUGA